AUGAGCUCAAGUACUACAAAUUGCACUGAAGAAGGAUUUGGCAAAGACACCUUCGGGGAUCCACGGGUCUCUUAUCAAGCCUCAAAUGGGAUAGUCGAGUUCGACGGCCUAGCCGACGCAACACACCCUUUUAAUUGGCCGCUGAACAAGAAGUUCACCGUAUCCGUGGCACUCGCAUUUUCUACAUUUACUGUGGGUUUCAACUCGUCACUCUUCUCAGCAGCAACUACUCAAGUCACCAAUGAAUACGGAGUAUCCCCUAUUGAAGCAACUUUGGGAGUCUCCUGCUAUGUUCUGGGCUUUGCUACCGGUCCUAUCUUCUGGGCUCCCUUCUCUGAGCUGAAAGGAAGACGACUACCCAUUUUGCUAGGUAUCUUUGGAUUUGCGGUAUUUUCCUUGGGAGUGGCAUCCGCCAGCAACAUUCAAACCAUCAUCAUUUGCCGCUUCUGGGCUGGUAUGUUCGCUGCAUCACCCAUGACCGUAGCCGCAGCGGUAUUUGCCGAUAUCUUCGACGGGGCGGCUCGAGGCCCAGCUACAUCUUUAUUCUGCAUAAAUGUGCUGAUGGGACCUAUGUUGGCCCCUUCAGUCGGUGGUUUUAUAUGCGCAUCUUCUCUGGGGUGGCGCUGGACCGCAUGGCUGGGGAGCAUUAUGGGAUUUACAGGGUUUGUCCUUGAUAUGCUUUGGCUGGACGAAACGUACGCACCCAUACUUUUGACAAAAAAGGCGAGCGCUCUACGCCACACGACUGGGGACUGGAGCCUACACGCGAAGCAUGAAAAAAUCGUUUUGGACAGGAGGACGCUGGUCGUUACAUACCUCGCCCGGCCCCUUCGUCUACUGUUGACUGAGCCGCUGAUCUGCCUCUCCUCCAUUUAUCUCGCCUUCAUCUAUGGGCUUAUGUAUCUGUUUUUGUCUGCAUACCCAUUGGUCUUCGAAAAGGUGCACGGUUUCAGCCCUGGUGUAGCCGGACUCGCCUACCUGGGGCUGGUGCUGGGGAUUUUGAUAGGCGGGGCGUACGUGAUCUCCAUGCAACCAUCCUACCGCCGCAAGCUAAAGGCAAACAACGGGAUAAUUAUCCCGGAAUGGCGUCUUCCUCCCGUUAUGAUUGGCAGUAUAACAUUCGCAGUCGGAGUCCUCUGGUUUGGCUGGUCGGGGUACCGUGCUUCUGUGCACUGGAUUGUACCAGUACUAUCCGGCAUUCCUACCGGAUUUGGGCUGUUCUGCAUCUUCCAACAGCUGCUGAACUAUCUUGUUGACAUCUACCUACCUUAUUCCGCCUCCGUCAAUGCGGGCAGCUCGAUUCUUCGUUCGUUGUUUGGGUUUGGAUUCCCGCUAUUUGCAUUGUCAUUGUUCGAUUCAUUGGGUAUUAAUUGGGCGGGAACACUUCUUGGAGGUAUUGCUGUGCUGUGUGUUCCACUUCCAUGGAUCUUCUACAAAUGGGGUCCUCAAUUGAGGGCUAAAAGCAAGUACAGUUUGAAAUUGUGA